UAAACACGCCGUUUUAAAAGCCCAUUUUCCUGCUGCGAAAGACCAUUUUAUAUGCUUAUCUCUAACGUGAAAUUUAGCGUGAAAUAACUCCAUCAGAAAGUUGGAAAUUGUGGCGGAUUAUGCGCUUUAUUAGGCGCUAUGUUGGUUCGUUAUGCUUUUUUAUUUGUAUUAUUAUGAAAACCUGUUCAUUCAAACAAACGCCUAAUCAACCACCAAUGCCGGAAAACAGGCGGAAUGAAGAAAAGCAGCCGGAAACAGGAUGGAUCAGAUCCAGUCAGAAGGCGCUCCUCAUGCGAAGUGUAAACAGGAGAGAGCAGGAGUGUGUAUGUGUGUGUGUGUGUGUGUGUGCACCUUACACUCCAGCAGAGCUGCACCUCACUCCUGGCUAAACCGCUCGGACAGCACACACACUCGUCACCUGACUUCAGACCUGUGGAAGAAUGGAUUAUGAUAGUUUACAGAAUCAGACAGCGCUGGAUGAAGACUCUGAGUUUAGGGAUGAGGAUUACUGAGACACAGAGUGACGCUGGAUGCAUUGCUGGCUGUUUUCUCCUGUUGCGCUGUUGCUGAAGAACACCUGCACCGGUUCCAGACUGGACCACUUAAAAGGAUGGGAUGGUCUUGUUUAAAGAGACGCUGCUGUGUCUAGUGUGGAGGAAUCCCAUCUGACCGUCUCCAUGCAGAUGACCAGUGAUGGCCACAACAUCAGACCCAACAGAAGAUUCGGUUGAUGAAUUGGUGGCCGAGCACAUCUUUAACCCCCUGGAGAGGAUCGUUCUUACUUUUUUCUUGGCCACCAUUAUUAUUAUGACUGUUCUUGGUAACCUGCUGGUGAUGGUGGCUCUAUGUAAAGACAGACAACUAAGGAAGAAGAAGACCAACUACUUCAUAGUGUCUCUGGCCUUCGCUGAUCUCCUGGUGGCUCUGUUAGUGAUGCCGUUUGCAGCCAUAGAGCUCACCACCGGCCACUGGAGUUACGGAGAGACAUUCUGCCUGGUCCGAACUUCACUGGACGUUCUGCUGACCACCGCAUCCAUACUGCACCUGUGCUGUAUCGCCCUGGACAGGUACUAUGCAAUCUGCUGCCAGCCGCUGGUCUACAGGAACAAGAUGACACCCAUCAGAGUGUCUCUGAUGCUCGGGGGGUGUUGGGUUAUCCCCUCAUUCAUCUCCUUCCUUCCCAUCAUGCAGAACUGGAACGCCAUCGGCAUAGAGGACAUCAUCGAGGAGAGGAAAUUCAGCCACGGCUCCAACAAGACGUCCUGCGUGUUCCUGGUGAACCGUCCCUACGCCCUUAUUUGCUCAGCGGUGGCCUUCUACGUUCCCCUGGGUCUGAUGAUUCUCGCCUACCAGCGCAUCUACGUGACCGCCAUGGAGCACGCCCGCCAGAUCGGAACGCUGCAGCGGGCCGGAUCCGCCCCGGCGUCCUACUACAGCCACGUCCACCAGAGCUCCAGCCGCAUGAAGAUCGAGACCAAGGCCGCCAAGACGCUGGCCGUCAUCAUGGGCUGCUUCUGCCUGUGCUGGGCUCCGUUCUUCAUCACCAACAUCGUGGACCCCUUCAUCCAGUACAGCGUGCCCUGGCAGAUGUGGACGACGUGGCUGUGGCUGGGCUACGUUAACUCGGGCCUGAAUCCGUUCCUCUAUGCCUUUCUGAACAGGGCUUUCCGCAGAGCCUUCCUCAUGAUCCUGUGUUGUGGGGAUGAGCGCUAUGCCCGGCAGGAGAGCUUUAGCCCCAGCAGACCUUACUCAGCGUCUGUCAACGGCACCUCCAUCGCGCUCAGGAGCACUUGUAUUGAGGUUCCCUCACCGGCUCUACAGGAGCUCCUGAGCCACAGAUUCAAUGGACAGGCCCAUCAACCUAGAUUGUCGUUUCUUCCCAACCGAAGCUACAGCGACAACGGAAAGCGAAUUCUAUCCAGCGAACAGGAAUCUCAAGAGUCCGCCGGCGUUUUAUAGCAAAGAGAGGACAGACCUACAGACUUGCAGAUAGCAACGAGCUGUUACAACCAAUGAGCAUCAAGCCAUGGGAGGUAUUCAGAUGAGACACAAAUGAAUGCUGUAAUGAUGGUGUGGAUUUCACCCAUCGCUACAGUGAACCCUGUGAAGAGGCAUUUCUCAGGCCUGCUGUACAGAUGCAAAGGGCAGGCCAGGCACAAUAGAGUGCGGGAUGUAAUUAGCCUCCAGGAACGCAGGUUAAGCUCGAAGCGGAGAGGAACAAAACCAAGUGGACAAUGGAGUGAAGGCUCUAAAGAAACCUCUCUCGACAGAACAGAUUUUCAAGAGGCCAUGAGGUGCUUUCACCUCCUCAUUUCUCAUUUAUAUACAAUAUGUUGCCAAGUAUUCACUCAUCUACCUUUGCACACAUAUGUGAAUUAAUUUAUCUUAACUUAUAGAGUUUAAUGUGAUCUCAGCCCACCCUUUACAGCUAUAACAGCUUCAAAUCUUCUGGGAAGGGUUUUCAGCUUUACACGAGGUUUAGUAAUGUGUUUAUGGUCAUUUCUAAAUUCAUCCUAAAGGUGUUCUAUCAGGUUGAGGUCAGGACUCUGUGCAGGCCAGUCAAGUUCUUCCACACCAAAGUCACACAGUCAUGUUGGAACAGGAAGGGGUCAUCCCCAAACCUCUUGGUAUAAUGAUCCCCGCUCUACCAAACUUUACAGUUGGUACAAUACAGUGAGACAAUUACAGUCCUCCUGGCAACCGCCAAAUACAGACUUGUCUAUUGGGUUGCCAGACAGAGAAGUGUGAUUUGUCACUCAAGGAUCUACACUGAAGUUCAUGCUCUAGAGUCCAUUGGCGCCAUGCUUUACAUCACUGCAUCAGGAGCUUUGCAUUGCAUUGCUUGGUGAUGAAAGGCUUGGAUGCAGCUGCUCGGCCAUAAAAACCCAUUCACUGUUAUUAAAGGAGAACUGCAGUGUAGAGCAGGCUUUGGGUGUAGUAAAACAUGAUAAAAAGUAUUCAUCUUUGAUGAAUAGCACACCUCUGCUCUCCUGCAGCGUUCUAAGAUACAGUAAUUUUGUGCUUUUUGCAAAGCACUCAGUGCAAUGGCUACUUAAAUCGCUUUUUACAUAGUUAUCCAGGCUCAAAGUAGCUUAAUACUAGUAUUACACAAAGUAUUUCAGCAUGAAAGCACAUCUUUUUUAUGUGCGACAGUGUCCUGAAUCGUUACUACAUCUCUACCCUUUGUAACAAACCAAACCGUGUGAAAAUCAGGUAAAAAUUUGAUAGUGUUGUGAUUAUUAUAGGUGUAUUAAACACCUUCCUCAGUGUCAAUAAAUAAACGCACUGGGUGCCGGCUGCUACGCCAGGAGGCAGGCUAUGCUGAGUCUAUGUAUAUAUAUGUCUAUGUCAUUAUCAGUACAGUGAUGGUGGCGCCCGGAGCUGAAAGCUAACACUACGGGAUGUAAACAGUGGUUUUUAACGAGCUUCUUGUGCACUUUUUUAUUUUAUAGUUAUUAAAGGAGAACUCUGGUGUAAAAUGGGCUUUUGUUGUAGUAAAACAUGAUAAAAAGUUCUAACCUUUGAUGAAUAGCACACCUCCGUUCUUCCACAGCAUUCUGAGAUCCAGAUAUUUGAACAUUUAAAAUCCAGACAUUUAAAACGAGGCAUUUAUAACUUUAAAAGUGCACAAAAAGCUUAUUAAAAAACACUGUUCACAUUCUAUAACGCUAGCUUCAGCUCCGAGCGCCGCCAUCACUGUACUGAUAAUGACAUAGACAUAUAACACAUAGACACCGCAAAGUGUAGCAGCCGGUGCCUUUGAGGCAGGCUAUGCUGAGUCUAUGUAUAUGUGUGUAUUAGAGGUGGGCAAUACCAAGUAAAUACAGGGCAAAUAUUGCGAUAUACUUUUUAAUAUUUAAGCUUCAAAAGACCUAGGACAGAAUUUCGCCAAUAUAUUUUAUUAUCAAAAGCAACAGUUUAGUUUAGAAACAAUGGAAAAGUAACAAAAAGUUUGCCUUAACAUUAGGAAAAUAAAACUUUUUUGGCAAUGCAAAAAUUAAAUAAAAUUUCUCCCCUCACUAGACAUUUUUUCUAAUUCUUUUUUCUUUAUUUCUUUUUCCAAAUAGAAUCAUACUGAGGAAAAACAAUAAAAAAAAAGAUUUUUCUUCUCUUCCUUUUAGUGCAAUUUUGUUUUUUUCUUAAAUUAUCAUAGUGUAAAAAAGGAGAGCGCUGAGUGGGCGAGCCAGGCUGAGCCUACCUGCAUGUCUGAUUGGCUGAGGGGGGGUGCGUAGCGCAGUACUACUCUUUCAAAGAGUAGAUUUGGAUGAAUCCGCGUGCGCAGCAGUCAGUGCGUCCGGAGAGAAAAAAAGCUUGAGUAUCGAUCUUAUUACACGAGUAUUGCUCAAUAUCAAUACCAGCGUUGGUAUCGAUAUUAUCAAUAUUUGGAUCGAUCCGGCAACCUCUAAUGUCUAUGUCAUUAUCAGUACAGUAAUGGCGGCGCUCGGAGCUAAAGCUGUAGAGUUAUAGGAUGUAAACAGUGUUUUUUAAUAAGCUUCUUGUGCACUUUUUAAGUUAUUAAUGCCUCAUUUUAAAUGUCAGGGCUCUCCGGAUUCUACCAAGGAGGUGUGGAGCUACUUUGAGCUGGAAAACGGUUUAAAAAGCAAUUUGUCAGUGUAAAUUAUGUCCUGAAGCAGCUGCUGUAAAAAUUACUAUAUUUCUGAAAGCUGUGGGAGAGCGGAGGUGUGCUAUUUAACAAAGAUAAGCACCUUUUUAUCAUGUUUUACUACAACAAAAGUCUAUUUUACAGUGUGAGAGAGUUCUCCUUUAAGAUAAUCUCAUUUGAAGGCCUGAAAGUGUUAUGAAAGUAAUUAAAACGCCUGAAUUUAUUGAUUUGGAUGGGUGAGUGAAUACUUUUGGUAAUAUAGUGUAAGUGAUAGUGUAAUUUCCUCUAAUCCCCUUCAGUUCAGCACAGUGCAGAUCUGCACACGUGCCCCGGACUCUAAACCUGUCUCUCUCACCAGUUUCUUACUUUAUUACAGUGUCUCAGCGGGUCGUCAGGCUUGCCUUAUGACCAGCACAUGCUAACAGUGUGUCCAAGUAAUAAAACUAUUAUUAUUAUUUAAAGCUGCUGCUUAAAAGCCAUUAAAGCAAUGGUUUAAUCGCAACAUUAACUACCGGUCAGCGUACAUCAGUCUGGGGUCCACGUCCCAGACGUUCUUUACUUCACUGCUCUAUUUAUUUUACGACGUGUAGUUUCGGCUUCAGAAACGGGGAGCAACAACGACGACUGUCACCAUGUGACAUUUCUUAUUGUACCUUCUUAUAUUACGUUUGAUUUUUCUGUGUUGAAAUAUUGUCUAAAUGUUUUUUUUGUGGGACAGAUCUUCUGGGAGAUGUUGCCUAUUAUUUAUUAAAUAAAUAAUAAUAAUAAAAAAAAAAAAUCAAU